CCGGCGGUGGCAGACUGCUGUCCGGCAGGCAGAGCCCAGGGCCUUCCCUAGCGCCGUGGCGCCCAUGGAUUUUGUGGCUGGAGCCAUCGGAGGUGUCUGCGGUGUUGCUGUGGGCUACCCUCUGGACACAGUGAAGGUCAAGAUCCAGACAGAGCCCAAGUACAGGGGCAUCUGGCACUGCGUCUGGGACACGUACCGCCAAGAGCGGGUGCGGGGCUUCUACCGAGGCCUCUCACUGCCCGUGUGCACCGUGUCCCUGGUCUCAUCCGUGUCUUUCGGCACCUACCGCCACUGCCUCGCGCAUAUCUGCCGAUUUCGCUACGGCAGCCCCGACGCCAAGCCCGCCAAGACCGACAUCACACUGUCGGGAUUUGCCUCUGGCCUGGUCCGCGUGUUCCUGACCUCACCCACUGAGGUGGCCAAGGUCCGCCUGCAGACGCAGACGCAGACGCAGCAGCGGCGCCCCUCGGCCUCGUGGCCCUCGGCUGCGCCCCCCGUGUGCCCGGUGCCCCCUGCCCGUUCAGUGUCUGGGCCCAAGUACCGAGGGCCACUGCACUGUCUGGCCACGGUGGCCCAUGAGGAGGGGCUGCGGGGCCUCUACAAGGGCAGCUCGGCCCUGCUCCUCCGGGAUGGCCAUUCCUUCGCCACCUACUUCCUGUCCUACACCCUCCUCUGCGAGCAGCUCACCCCCACUGGCCACAGCCAGCCAGAUGUCUGGGGCGUGCUGGUGGCCGGGGGCUGUGCCGGGGUCCUGGCCUGGGCCGUGGCCACCCCCAUGGACGUGAUCAAGUCACGCCUGCAGGCGGAUGGGCAGGGCCAGCGGCGCUACCGGGGCCUUCUGCACUGCGUGGUGACCAGCGUUCGGGAGCAGGGGCCGCAGGUCCUCUUCAAGGGGCUGACGCUCAACUGCUGUCGCGCCUUCCCCGUCAACAUGGUGGUCUUUGUGGCCUACGAGGCCGUGCUGAGGCUCGUCCAGGGCCUGUCCAUGUAGCCAGCCCUGAUGCUCCAGGGGCCGGCCGGCCGGCGGCUUCCAGAGGUCCCGGUGGCUGGAGGAGGCGCGGGAGAGCGCUGGGGUCUGGGCCCCCCGGGCCGCCGCCCAGGACAGCCGGAGCCCCCCUGAGCCAGAGCCGGCCGUGCCUGGGGCUUUGCCCGCGCGGCUCCGCACCGCAAGGAGGUCAAGGGGCCGUCGGCCAUCAGCCUGGGGUUGGCUUGAGGGUCACAUGGGGAGGACUGGGCCUCUUGAAUGAGGACGUCCGGCACACGGAGUUGUUUGCGCUUCUGUCACCCCUCCCUGCCGCCCGCUUUCAGAGCACCCCCGCGCCUCCACCCCGAGGGAUCCCUCGGCCCGGCACCGGCUGCUCUCCCCGUGAGGCCCCCCUUCGGCUGCCCUCGGCUGUGCAGUGAGCUCUUGCACGCCGGACCGUUUGGCCCGGCACUGGCUGCUCGGAGAGGGCACUGACCGCAUGGCCGUGGACGGCGUGGGGCCACACCUGCUCACUCACCCUUGCCCUGCAGGCAGGUCCCGGAGGCUCAGCGGGGAGCUGUUGACAAUAAACCAUCUCGGAGCCUGGUC